AUGGUACCAGAAGAUGAAGGUGGUGUAGUCAGUAUUAAUUUGCAAGAAACAACAUGUGAAGUAGCUGAUUGCAAAGCUCUGCAGCUAUCUGUUAGUGAAGAAAUUCAGGGAGAGGUUGCAAAACUGCCGUCUCCAUUCGUUUCCCUCGAUCAAGAAGUAAGUGAUAUUAAUAAAGAACGAGGAAGUCCUAGCCAAAAUGAAAUCACGGUCAACACCGGAGGGCAGGCGCCAACAACAGAAACUGCGAAGGUGUCUGCUGCUGCUCCAGAUGAGCUGCGAAAGCAGGCGGGGGUUGAGAGUGCGAGAGACAGGCGUGCGCUGCGAGUGACGUCAGAGCGCCGUGCCGAGCCCGUUUCCACGGCAACGCGAGCCGGCGGGCGUCAGCAGCGCCGCGCGCGGGCGUCGGCGGAAGCUCGGGGGUGGCAGGCGGCGGCGCCCGGACGCUCGGCGCGGCGCGGCGCGGCUGGGGUAGGGUGCGCUCGGCGCUGGCGGCGGCAGUGUGCGGGCAGCCCCCUGCCGGUGAGCCACGGCGCGGUCAGCGUGGAGAGCAGCGGAGGCGGCAGCGGCCGCGGCCCAGAAGUGCCCGUGUCUGCCCCCUCCACCUCGUGCUGCGGCCCUCUCCCCCAGCGACCGGCUCGCUCCUCCAGCGCCCUGCCCGCGGGCAGACCUGUUGCCACGGUGCGGAGGACCCGCCAGCGCAAGACGCCGCAGCUGCGCCGGUCGCUGACCGCACACUCUAUAUCCGUGCCUGACCCGGAGAUUACGGGGCGCUGCAUGCUGCACAGUCGCUCUGCCGGCCUCAUCCUGCAGGUGCUGCUAUCUGGCGGCACGUGCCGCCACACGUUCGCACCGCCGAGGAAGCGCGGCUCCGUUAAGACGGGCCACGACCGCCUGCUAGCGUGCAGAGACGGAGUGACGAUGAUCGGCGCGAUGCCCGCGGUGGCGGUGCGCCACGAACGGCGCAAGCAGGAGAAGCGCGCCGGCGGGGGCGGCGGGGGCGGGCGCCGGCCCAGCCAGCUGCAGCUGCAGCUCGCCGCCCUCAAGGGCCGCGGCUCGCCGCCGUCGCGCGCCACCUCGCCCUCGCCCUCGCCGCAGAGUCCGCCCAGCGUGCGGCAGCUCGACGACCCCUUCUCCAGGGAGAUCUACGUCUGCGGCAAGGUAUCUAUUCUCCACUUGUUGGUGGUGUCCCUGCUGCUGGGUACAGUUUUGCUGAUAGUUGGACUAGUCCAGCUGAAACCAGGAGCAGAUGCCUCUGACCAUCGAUAUGCUCUGCUUGGUGCAGGAGGAGCUCUAGUGGUGAUUGGGGCCAUACUAACAUCAGUGCGCUGUCGACUGUUACCGUGCUAUGAGGCCACUUCUGCUUCACAUGAGUGUAUACAGAGACAACAUUCACAGUUAGAGACACAGCAACAAGAACAAGAAUCUCAGCUUCCAGAACAGAAUGAAAAUAAUGAGACACCAGCUGUGGAAGACAAUUCAGUUGUUGUGGAGCAACACCUCAGUAUGAGUGGAGGUUCUCAUGGCGCCUUCCUCUCAUCUCCCUCUGAGCAUGAUGCACUGCUUAUUCCCACUUCAUCUUCUCAAAACACCGUUCAUGCCGUAUCUCACACUCCUUCUAAUUGCAACUGUGAUCCUGAAAAAGCUUGCACUACAGUUAGUAACUCUUAAGGGGUGUCAUUGUUCCGUAAUACUCAGAGCCUGGUCUCUACAGCUGGCAUAUGUGAUUCUGAGAUUUGGAAGUGAAAGAUACAGUAUGGGAAAAAAAUUAAAUGCUUCUCUGUGUAGCAUAACCUACAGUGUUCCACUGAAUCCUGACCAUCAGUAAGCUAACUUCUACUUUUUCUGAGUAGAAUUUAGCUCAGAUACAGCAGCACUUUACAAACAAACUUUAAAAAUAUUUUUAGGGAUUGAAAUUGUAAAAGGCUGUCCACAAUCAUUGCAGAUUGUCUCACUGUCCAUACUUCAUGUGAAUACCAGUACUGAUUAUUUAUCAGUAUUAGCACUAGCAGUAACUUUCAUUAAUGGAUAAUUUCAUAUUAUAAUGCUACACCAGAGUUU